CACUGCAACAGAGCAAGGUGUUUGCUUCCUUCCCUACGGAGCAGCUGAGCCGUUUGAUUGGAUCCGUAGUUGUUAAAGACUACCCAGAGAAUUAUCUUAUAUUAGACAGAGAGAAUAGAACCAAGGCAUCGGCGUCUGCGCUGUUCUCGGCGCAAGGCGUUCGUUUCUUUUUUGUGUUGGAGGGAGAGGUCUCUGUCUAUGCUUACAAGGAGACCCCCAGCAGCAGCAGCAGCAGCAGCAGCAGCAGCGGAGAGCCUCAUAUGGAACUGCACUUAGUAGACACCCUGAAGAGGGGUCAGGCGUUUGGAGAUGAAUAUGUUUUGUCUCCUAAUAAACCCUUUGCACAUUGCGUACGAAGCAACGGGCCCGCUAAGGCAUCGGCGUCUGCGCUGUUCUCGGCGCAAGGCGUUCGUUUCUUUUUUGUGUUGGAGGGAGAGGUCUCUGUCUAUGCUUACAAGGAGACCCCCAGCAGCAGCAGCAGCAGCAGCAGCAGCAGCGGAGAGCCUCAUAUGGAACUGCACUUAGUAGACACCCUGAAGAGGGGUCAGGCGUUUGGAGAUGAAUAUGUUUUGUCUCCUAAUAAACCCUUUGCACAUUGCGUACGAAGCAACGGGCCCGCUAAGCUGGCCUUGCUGACGGCGAGUGCAUUAACUGCAACCCUUGGAGGUCAAGACAUCGAUGAGACUCUAGACUAUAACAACAAAUUGGCUAUAACGAAGAAGAUGUAUAUCUUUCGUUAUCUCUCUGAGCAGCAAACACAAACCCUAAUCCGCGCAUUUAAAACCGUUAGGGUUUUGAGGGUUUAUCAGGGUUUGGGAGGUUGGCGGCGGGGUGAAGUAGCGAUUCUGAAGGGGGGUCGCCGAGUGCGCACAUUGGGGCGUCAUGAUUACUUUGGAGAGAGAGCUCUUCUUCAUGAUGAAAGAAGAACAGCAACAGUAGCAGCAAAUAGCGCUGAAGUAGAUUUAUGGGUUGUAGAUAAAGAUGUCUUCUUGCAGAUCGUCAAGGGCCCUAUGCUUACCCACUUGGAGGAACGCAUUUGCAUGCAAGACACGAAAGUUGAAUUUAAAGAUCUGCAAGUCGUUAGAGUCGUCGGCAGAGGGACCUUUGGAACUGUGAAGUUGGUGCAACAUAUUCCUACGAAGAUUCGCUACGCUUUGAAAUGCGUCUCGAGAAGAAGUGUUGUCGCGCUAAAUCAGCAAGACCAUAUCCGUCUAGAGAGAGAGAUUAUGGCGGAGAACGAUCAUCCCUUCAUCAUUCGACUCGGUCAGAAGGGUUUAGGGUUUAGGGUUUAG